AUGACGUCCAUUAUAUUUGUUUCUGUCAUCACUGGAUUAGUGAUCGCCAUUAGUACUGUGAUCGACUACAUUUUUUCAUUUUUCCAAAUAAUUUUCAAAAAACCAUUAAUACCAACAGGUGCAGUGGAAAUAGAUCCUAUAGAACAUAUAUAUGCACAUCCAGAUUGUAUAAAAGGACUAAAGGACCAUUCUUCAUAUGAUGUAAAAACAGUAUAUGAAGCAUUGCUAAAUGGUCUUCGAUUGAGCGGUGAUCGGCCACAAUUUUCAUACAGACAAUCAUCCGAUGAACCAUUUAAAUCUUAUACUUAUAAACAAGUAUUUGAAAUCAUCAAAGAAAUUGGCAGCGGUGUCGUUCAUACUGGUCUUAAACCAUCAAAUGAAACAUUCGUUGGUAUUUAUUCUUCAGCAUCAGUUAAUUAUGCGCUUUGUCUCUACUCAACUUGGCCAUAUUCAAUGGUACCUAUUGGCAUUUAUGAUUCACUGGGUCGUGAUGGUGUCAAAUUUAUUAUAACUCAAAGUGCUGUUGAAUUGAUAUUUGCUGACGAUUUAACACGAGUGAAAAAUUUAAUUGAAUGGAAAGAUGAAACAAUAUCUUUGCAAACAAUUGUUAGUUUUGUUGAACCAACAGAAGACUUAGUUCGAUUAGCUGAAGAGAAAAAACUAAAACUUUUGACACUUGAUCAAUUAAGAGAAAUCGGAAGAAACAAUCCAGCUGAAGCAGUACAACCAAAACCAAAUGAUACGGCAGUGAUCAUGUAUACAAGUGGAAGCACAGGAGAACCAAAAGGUUGCAUUAUUACACAUGAAAAUUGUAUGUGUGCAAUAUUUGGACUUUUAUCUUCGUUAAAUUUAUUAAACGUGGGGAAAAAAGAAGGAAUUCCUCGAGUAUUAAAUUAUAUGCCGUUAGCACAUAUGUUUGGCUGUGGUACGGUGAUUGCUAUCAGUUAUUUAGGAGGUGAAGUUGGUUUUUGGCAAGGUAAAGUUGAAAAAUUAGUCGACGAUUUUCGUGAUUUUCGACCAACAGUUCUUGCCAUGGUGCCACGUUUAUUGAAUAAAUUGUAUGAUAAAGUUCGAUUAGAAUUACGCAAAAAAGGUGUAAUUGGUCGUGUACUAUUUCAAUUGGCUAUUCGAGGUAAACUGGCACUCAUUCGACGAGGAAACUUUUCUCAGAAUACUAUUUGGGAUAAAAUCAUUUUCGACAAAAUUCGUCGAUCCUUUGGUGGUAAAGUUAAUCGUGUUAUUUCUUCAAGUGCACCGCUUUCAGCUGAAGUUUGCCGUUUUUCACGUUCCGCAUUUUCAUGUCUAUUUAUGGAAUGCUACGGACAAACAGAAUGCGUCAUUGGUUGUUCACAAACACUUAAUGACAUGGAAUCAGGCGAAACAGGUAUUCCAACAACAAUGAAUUAUAUUAAAUUAGUUGAUGUACCUGAGAAAGAGUACUAUGCUAAAGAUCGCAUUGGUGAAAUUUGUCUUAGGAGUCCAGCUGUAUUUAAAGGCUAUUUAAAAGAUGACGUUAAAACACGUGAAACAAUUGAUGAACAAGGCUGGCUACAUACAGGUGAUAUCGGUCGAUGGACAGCACAUAAUACAAUGAGAAUUGUUGACCGCAAGAAGAACAUGUAUAAGCUAAGUCAAGGAGAAUAUGUGGCUCCAGAAAAAAUCGAAGAUGCUUAUUCGCGUAGUCGAUUUAUUUCUCAAAUAUUUGUUUUUGGCAACUCAUUUGAACAUUUUCUUGUUGCUAUUGUUCUAUUGAAUGAUGAAUUUAUAAAACAAUGGGCUAAAAAUGAAGGAUAUGAUUAUCAAAGAGCUUUAUCGUCGGAAAUGGAGAAGAAAUUAAAACAAGUUGUCCUUGAUGAUAUGACUCGUGAAGGCAAAAAACGUGGCUUAAUGUCCUAUGAACAAGUUAAAGUCAUCGAAUUUAUCAAAGAACCGUUUACAAUGGAAAAUGGACUUUUAACUCCCACAUUCAAAGCACGCCGAUAUGCUGUAGAAAAGAAAUAUAAACAACUCUUUAAAAAGAUUUAUAAAAAUGCUCAAGAUUGA